AAGUUACAAGCGUGUAGCAGUCUUGCUGGAUACGAUCGUACCCUUGCUGAAAUUCGUGAACAAUAUCCAACCCACCUCCAUCCUGGAACCGACAGGGAAGAAAGUGUUGCUGACUACCUGGAAAGUAUCCACCCGACAGCAUGGACGCGAUUCGGAAACUACGUGCACUCAGAUGCGGAGGCUGCAGCAAUUCGAGAGAGAUGGCUGGGCGUACCCUCUUACGGGGACCCUUUGCCUUUGUACGGUACAAGAACUACCAGCGCGAACGAGGGAGAAAAUAACGCGCUGCAAUGGAACAAUGCUCGGAUCGAAGGAGCUCCCUCUGCCACUGCUAUCGACGAAGAGGUUAGAUCUGUGGCCAAAAUGUCGGUACUAGAAAGUUCAAACUCAAGUUUCUACGUCGAUGAGAGCAAGUUGGAUGCCAAGAACAACGCUUACACGCGGCGACACGAGGUCAAUCUGGCUGAGGGCACUUGCAGGCGAUGCCACAUCCGUGAGCAAUGCCAAAUCCCCUGUCGUCGUAUACUCGCUGUACUGUUCAAACGCCGCCGAGAUCAUCCGAUUACAAAAGCAACCCUGGAGGAUCUUUUUCACCCAGCUUACCUCACACCCUCCUUCUCUCGUGCAUUUGAGGACGAGCAACCUUCAGUUCAAGAAGAAGAUCGUGUUCAUGACGAGGUUAUGAACGCCUUCGGAAGUCUACUAACCGGAGCUAUACCAAAGAAACGACGACCAUAUCACUGCACUACCUCCAACCAGACUGGACACAACGCAGUUACUUCCCCCGGGAUUAACGUGGGCGUAGAGCUGGACGGAAUUCCAAUUUCUCCGGGGGUGUACACUGUCGGGCGGAGUCCGUUUGUCGAGCUAGAGAUCGACCACCUUUACUGCAGCUGCAUUUUAUAG